AUGCGUAAUCGUUUAGCUUCCUUGAUUGUGGUUAAGCAGGAGCCUAAUUCGAAUAAUUUAGUGGCAUCUCAAACAAAUCUCGGCUCACAAACGCAAGGCGCCUAUGGCGCAAUUGGCAUUUCGGGAGCAACGGAAAUUCUCAACAUCGGCAACAGCCAACAUAAUUUGUGUCACAACGAAGCCAUCUCAGCGGGAGAUUUGUCCACAUCAACGGGGAUAAAUAUAAAAACUGAAAAUCAUUUCUAUGAGAUCAACAACAACAAUUUGCAUCACAGUGAUAAUUAUAAUUACAACAACACCAGUAACACAACAACAAACACCACAAAUGGUGGCAAAACCACCCUACCGCCCUCACCCAUAACAGCCUCGACGACACCAACCAAUUUUAUCUAUCCUUGCCGUAAUUUAUUUCCGGAUGGCUGUGAUAUAUCACAUCAUCAUAGCCAUCAUCAGCAGCACCAGCAGCAGCAUCAGCAACACCAGCAUCAGCCGUUGAACAAUAAUUGCUCCAAUUAUUAUUAUAAUCUCAGUGAUACACCAUCACCGGUCACCCCACCCUAUGCCGCCACAAAUGGUGAUAAAUUCCUAUUGAAAUCGGAACCCUUGCCCUACGAACACUCCGUCUUGGAUGUGGUGGCUGCAGCCGCCUCGGCCACCGAUAAUUUGUGGUGUCUGAGUAAUUUGACGUAUCGCAAACAAUUGGGAAGUUUUCAUAUCUCAGCUUCGGCAUCACCGGAACAUAGUUUUCAAAAUAAUAGCAGCAACAACAAUAAUAAUGGCGGCAACGGGAGCAAUGUAAAUAGCAACAACAACAAUCACUGUAUGUACAAAUAUUUUUUGUCUAGAAAAUCUUGUUUGGUGAUGGGAUUUUAA